GCCAGUACUAAGGUGGAAGUGGACAUGGAGAAAGCAGAGAGCCUGCAGGUGACAAGAGGAGACUUCCUUGCUUCUUUGGAGAAUGAUAUCAAACCAGCAUUUGGCACAAACCAAGAGGAUUAUGCAAGUUACAUUAUGAAUGGUAUUAUCAAAUGGGGUGAUCCAGUUACACGAGUUCUAGAAGAUGGGGAGCUGCUGGUUCAGCAGACUAAAAAUAGUGACCGCACGCCACUGGUUAGCGUCCUUUUGGAAGGCCCUCCUCAUAGUGGGAAGACUGCUUUAGCAGCGAAGAUUGCAGAGGAAUCCAACUUCCCCUUCAUCAAGAUCUGUUCUCCUGAUAAAAUGAUUGGCUUUUCUGAGACAGCCAAGUGUCAGGCCAUGAAGAAGAUCUUUGAUGAUGCAUACAAAUCCCAGCUUAGUUGUGUGGUUGUGGAUGACAUUGAAAGACUGCUUGAUUAUGUCCCUAUUGGCCCUCGAUUUUCUAAUCUGGUAUUACAGGCUCUUCUUGUGCUUCUCAAAAAGGCACCUCCUCAGGGCCGCAAGCUUCUUAUCAUUGGGACCACUAGCCGCAAAGAUGUCCUUCAGGAGAUGGAGAUGCUGAACGCUUUCAGCACCACCGUCCACGUGCCCAACAUUGCUACAGGAGAGCAGCUGUUGGAGGCUCUGGAGCUUUUGGGCAACUUCAAAGAUAAGGAACGUACCACAAUUUCACAGCAAGUCAAAGGGAAGAAGGUCUGGAUAGGCAUCAAGAAGUUACUAAUGUUGAUCGAGAUGUCGCUCCAGAUGGAUCCUGAAUACCGUGUGAGAAAAUUCUUGGCCCUCUUAGGAGAAGAAGGAGCUAGCCCCCUGGACUUUGAAAAUGGACUCUUUGCACGCACAUAGUGACCAAGGGAAGUGACCAAGGUGAAGACGGCCUGGGAUCUUCACUCAACUUACUCAAGAUCCUAGACAAAGUGAAAUGAUCCCUACCUUCAACGUGUGCUCACUCUGCAUGAUUAGUGCAAUAAAACUCCCUUCCUUGUGCUUACUCA